GUCACUGCCGCUCAAGGUAAACCACCACCACUUCAGACACAACUCAGCCCCAGUGGCACAAACACGUGGAAGAGAGGACACCGUGCGAGCCCCUCGCUGGCCGGGUUCAAACAGCGAUUUGCUUCCGGAUCAUCCGCACAGGCCGAUCAACAAGGUCGUAGCACUUCGUUCGGCUCGGGAGCUCAGACCGGCUUGGAUCCAAGCGACACAGCCAACAAACCCUCUGGUAGUGGUGCUCCUCGCAUAGACAUGGAUCGCGUCCAGGAGCAGAUGCAACAGCGUGGCAAGGAAUUCAUGAAGAGCGCCAGCGUGUUUGGCGGCAAGACAGCCUCGGGGGCCAAAGGUCUUCUGGCCAAGGGAAGGUCGAAGUGGGGAGGAGGGGGCGGCUCUGUUCGAAAGACUGGCGGUGGUGAGGUUUGAACGGCACUGGAGAUGGAUAUCCCACCGCACAUCUAGUUUUCGAGCUCUUCGAUGUGGAGUUCCGAUGCCCCUGUUGGAUCGGCACAUCUGCGGCGGAGCGAAAGCGCAAAGAAGGAACAAAGCCUGGUUGAGGCUCAUUCCCCUGGCUUAUACUAGUUGUAUACAUUCCAGAUUCUUUGGCUGCC